AUGCUUGAUAAAAAAUCAUCAAGCUGAUCCAAACUUGAAUUCUCUUCAUCUAAAUUCCAGCUGCGAUCUUUCUCAAAGCCUAAAUCAAGCUACGGAUUAAGAAGAAGCUUAAUGGGGAGCUCACUAUCUCAUAUGAAUACAUCUCCUCAAAUCUAUUCUUCAGCUCGAUCCUUGCCUACUCCUUUAAGUCCUGUGAGGCCUCUAACUGCUCCUUCCUUAUUCAUAAAUAAAAUGGCAUUUAGUUAGAGCCAGAUUGGGCUUCUCCAAUUUUCUCUCCCUCAUGGAAUUUUAUUUAUAGGGUUAUAGAAUUUUCCCAUAGAUGGCGCUGUUUGCCCUUGAUUUGCCCACUGGGGAAAUUUUUUGGUUCGGCCAGUACCAUAUGGUUUGGUCAAUUUUCCUAGUGGGCAAAUCAAGGUCAAACAGCGCCAUCUAUGGGAAAAUUCUAUAGGUUUUCUCUCGAGAACUUUUGCACACAAUAGCGAUUUAACUCUGGGGAUAGCCAGAGGAACUGCUCCUCAGGGUUUUUACUUCUCAGCACAUCUCCACGGGAAGAUGGCCCUUAGGCGGAAUACGCGUAGGAGCUGAGUCAGGGCAAGGCAAUGGUGCGGCGAAGACUGGUGAUGAAACUUUGAUAGAAGGCUUGGGCGGUGGGCUGACCACCGUGAAUCCAAGAUGGCUCGGUGACGUCACUAGUCUAGCUAUAACCCUUUUUAUAAGGGUGCGGCACUAGAUACCUUAAACACCAGAUAUUAAGUAACUAAGCUCCUUCCUUAUUCUCUCCUCGGCAGUCACAACAAAUGUAAUUCCUAUUUAGUUUCAAAGUUGAAGGGAUUUCUGAAAAACAAUUGACGAGGAUCUAUGAAGCCAAAUGCAAAGAUUUAAAAAUUCUGCCAAUCCCGGACCAAAUGAGAAAAUUCUUUGCUUUUUGUGAAAAAGCAUUUAAGGAUAGAAAAUUUGAUUUAAGGGAAUGCGGAAUUGGGCCGAUAACCGCUGACACAAUUGGGGAAAUUUUGAGGAAUAACUCGAACUUUUGUAGGCUGGAAUUAGCCAAAAAUGCUAUUGGGGAUGAAGGGAUUAAAGCGCUGUUUAGUAAUGUGAUGAAAAAUAACUCGCUGGUGCAUAUAGAUCUAAGCUCAAAUGAUAUUACACCAGAAGGAGCUAAACCGAUCUUGUUGAUGGUCACUAACUCCCCCCUCCGUCAGCGAACAAAAAAUUUUGGAGUUAAUUUUUUUUUUAAAACAAUCAAAUUCUCAAAAAUUGUAAGCAAAUAUCUAUAUAAUUUGUAAAAUUUAUGUUUUAAAAUGAAUUUAUUCAAAAUUAAAUAAAAGUAGCUAGAGAUUUAUUAUACUAAUUAUCACUUAUAUAUCAAAAUUUGUUUCAUAAAAUAUUUUUCUAUUAAAAAAAUUUGUUUCCCGCUCAAGAGGGGUUUUUUGGGAAAAAAUAAGGAUUUUUCCAAUGAUUUUGAUCGCUCAUUAGGGAGUAAGCAUCCAUCAAUCAUAAGUGUAGAUAUAUCAUCACAUGAAGGGCUGCACAGGAAUAGGCUCGGAGUCCAGGGCUCUGCUCCUCUGAAGAUUUUAUUGCAAAGGAGCCGGCUUUUAAAUUUUUUAAAUGUUUCAGGAACUUUCAUAGGAGAAGGAAUAAUUUAUAUUAUCGACGGUCUACAAGGAAAUACCUCACUUAUUUCUUUGAAUCUCGCCAAAAAUAGCAUUUCUGCUAAAAAUAUUGAAGCCCUUUGUAGGGCUAUAAUGGGCAGCAAGCUUCAAGAUAUCAACUUAAGUGAUAAUAAAUUUGGAAACGAAGGGGCUGAUUAUAUCUCAAAAAUGAUAGCAGGCGCCUAUGAUGGGCAAAGUCCUAUUAAAAAAAUCGAUUUAUCGAAAAAUGACAUCACACAUAAAGGCGCUUGUAAACUGCUUCUUGCCUUAAGAAAUAAUCCAAACAUAAACUCUUUGAGUUUUGAAGGAAAUCCUCUGACACAUCUGAUAUCUCCAAGCUUGAUAAAUUUGCUUCUAAACAAUUCUGAAAUUAAAUUCCUCAACUUAGGCUCUUGCCAACUGAAGAAUGAAGGGGUUUAUAUAUUCGCUGAUGCCUUAUCACGAAAUAACGGCCUAAAAACCCUUAUUUUAAGUAAUAACCAAAUUGAAGACGAAGGAGUUGCGCCAAUUGCUGAAGGAUUAUUCAGAAACUAUAUAUUGGUUUCUCUUGAUCUCUCCAACAAUCUCAUCAAAAAAAAUGGAAGUCUUCUCCUCGUAAAUGCAUUGAAAAACAACCAAACACUAGAAAAGCUAAAUCUAAAAGAAAACAACCUAAAAGACGAGUCAGCCCAGUUAUUUACUGAAGUAUUAAGACUAAGGCCAAACCUUUUAAAUCUCAAUCUAGACUCAAACCCAAUUACUACGAAAUUCAUAAAAGACAUCAACGUAAAUUUAAAAAGAAACCGAUCAAUUUUCCAGCAUGCACAAACCCCAAAACUUAAACAAGAAAUCAUAAGACUCCAACUGAGAGAUGAUGAGAUUAAUAGAGUCCAUGAAAGAAUUGAAUUUAAGAAAAAAGAACACUCAGAUAUUACUAAUAAAUUAGAAAAAGUUAAUCAGAAGUAUUUAGAAAUUAAACAAGAGGAAGAAGAAAAAAUUUGAAAAUUAAAGAGUGAGAGAGAAGAUUUGAAGAGGCAAAAUGUGGUUUUUAGCCAAGAAUUAGAAGAACUAGCUAUGGAUGUAAAUAGAGCGAGGAUUGAAGGAGAUAGAGAAAUAAAUGAAUGCGCUGAUCAAAUUGCGCUAGUGAUUUCUGAUACUAAGAAAUUAGAAAAGAGAAAACAAGCUUUGAGAGAAGAAUUUAUGCUGAAGAGGAGCCAAUUCCAGUCUUUAGUUGAUCAACUAAAUGAAGCUAACGAAAAAGUGGAUUAUGGGAAACGGAUAGCUAAAGCUAGUCUUGAUAACCUUGUACAGAAAAUAGAAACAAUGAGGCAGGAAAUGAAUAAACUGAGCGAUAAAAAGCCAGAUAAAGGUGAAAAGAAAGCGACUAGAGUUUUGAGCCCUGAUAACGACCCAAGAGCUAUGGCAAAGGCAAGAAUAAAGAAAUAG